AACUGCGCAUCGGCACUGCAUCUCAAGUGGGAUUUACGACAUGCUGCUGAGUUCCAUCCAGGUACUUAUUAAUAUGUUGUUUGGUAUCUUCUGCUGGUUGGGCAUCCUACUGGCUAGCGGCACAUACAGCCAUCAGACCUCAGUGGAAUAGGAUGAUCUGUCACAGACGCUUCUUUGGGGAUUUUUCUUCUUUUGGAUAUUUCUUCAGCUGUCAACAAAGCUAUAAGACGUUAAAAGCACCAAGAUGAAGAAACCAAGAGAUUUGCUCUUAUUACUGACAGUUUCUUUGAAGGUUUUAUUUCUUCUGCUGGUUUUGACUGAGAGAUCUCUUACAAGUGCUCCCCUGUCAGACACAAUUCUACCACAAAUCAGUGGCUGCCCCGAUGACAUCACCAAAGUAGUUCCAACAGGAAGCAGGAGCUAUGUCCCCGUAGAAUGGACCGACCCAACGGCCAAAGACAACUCUGGAUCAUACGCAUGCGUGAAGAAUAUCCGCCAUCUCUAUCCAUAUGGUAGAAAGCACUUUCCACCCAACACAACCACACCAAUAAAAUACAUCUUUAGUGAUUGUCCGCAAAAAUGCCCUCGGGGUAGAGAAAGAGAUUGUAUCGGCAACGAAGCAUUCUGCAGCUUUAACGUUACUGUUAAAGAAGAGUUUGAAUGCGUGACAGAUGAAAUUGUCCUGGAGGAUCCUUCGUUCUCACCCACACCUCAGAAUAUCACCUCCCCUUUUUACCCAAUGGAAUAUCCCUCUGACUCGAGCUGCCAUUGGCUUGUCAGGACAUCGAGUGACAGCCACUCAUCGGCCAAUCACAUCCGUGUAUCCAUAACAGAGAUCCAGCUGCAACUAAACGACGCUCUGCUCAUUGGUGGAACAUAUCAUCAGGAGGCUGUUACAUACAGAGGGAGGAUGCCGCAGAGGGUGUUACUUUUCCAGGGGGCAAAAAUUGAGAUUGGAUUUCGGAGUGGAAGCAGAGGCGUGACAGUUUUCAGAGGAUUUUCUCUUGAGGUGGCUGCAGUUGUAAGCAAUGAUAAUCCUUCAUGGUGCAAUGAUGAUCAUGGUUACCAGUGUCUGUCAAGCCCCUUCUGCAUUGAUGAGUCGUAUCUAUGUGAUGGUAUUAGCGAUUGCCUGCAUAGCGACGAUGAGAGCAAUUGCUCUCUUUGCAAUUACAUCGUCCAGAGUCUCCCAUUCAAUAUGACCUUUGACACCAAUGAUGUCAUCAACAGUAUGUCAGAUCCAAAGAAUCUAUCAACCUCUAGCAUGGAGUGGUGUUUUGGUACCUCUUUGGGUUAUAGCAUCAGGAUAGACUUCCCCUCACCUGGAAAUGAUUAUCUAGUAAUACAGGACCCAACAACUGAGUCAAACCAAGACACUGUCGUCAUACAGAGACACUCAAUGGUUCGAUCAUUCAGUUUCAAUUUGUCAUCACUAUGGGUUCGGUGGUAUCCUGGCACAGAUGGACAAAGAGCGUCAUUUUCAUUGAGCGUUAACAGUCAACUUGAUGAUGGUUAUUGUGAUGCAGGCUAUCAGUGCAGGAACUCACAUGUUUGUGUCGGCAGGGAGAAUGAUUGUGAUGGUGUGCUUGAUUGCCCUCUGGGUGAAGACGAAAUGACUUGUAAUCAUCGGAGGUGUCCUAAUAGUUGCUACUGUACUGCAUCAUUUGGGAGUCUUAAAGUUGAAGGAUGCAAUCAUCCAUGGACUCCAGAACUAUCAAAAUCAGCUCCUGUCAUCACAACACAUCUAGCUAUAUCAGAGCAAAAUGUGAGGAAUAUAACAUCAGGAUUCUUCAAAAGUCUACCAAAUCUCAUAAACUUGGAAAUAAUGUAUUGUCCUGUGAACAAUAUUUGGAUCGAUGCAUUUCAGGGACUGGAGAAACUACAGUCUAUGUAUCUUAUAAUUAUUGACCUGAGGAAAACUUACAAUUACACAUUUGCAGGACUUCCAAAUCUUAUGGAACUGGAAAUCUCAAAUAAACUGGAAGAGAUGGAACCAGGUUCUUUUCAUGGGCUGAGCAAGCUGACAAGCCUGCUCUUAUACGACAACAAGAUGACAACUCUACCCUCUGGCCUGUUUAAUUCUCUGAGCGAAUUAACAAUGCUAAACCUUGGGAAGAAUAGUUUGUCAGAUCUUCCUGCAGAUGUUUUUGUGGGACUGAAAAACCUGCAAAAAUUGAAACUGCACUCAAACCGCCUCCACUCAAUUCCUCGUGGCAUUUUCCGAGAGCUCCUUAGUCUGGAACAAAUAGACAUUGCUAGCAACAGUAUCAGCGAGCUUCCAGAGGAAAUAUUCUUUGGGUUAUACAAUCUCAAGAAGAUUGUCCUUCAAUAUAACAAUCUCUCAUACUUCAGGGAUGGUUUCCUAACUAACUUCACUCGUCUUGAAGGAAUUUAUAGCAAGAACAAUAGCAUCAGAGUCAUACAGCCAAAUCUCUUCCACGGAUUGAUCAAUCUCAAUUGUAUUGAUCUUCGGAACAACUUGUUGAAGGAAAUUCCUGAAGAUUCAUUGCAAGAUAACAAAUUGCUUGCUCAGCUAUAUCUUGCUAGGAACAACAUUUCAAGUCUGGAUCCCAAACUUCUAGAUGGGCUCUCUGUACUUGAUAAACUGGCACUUGAGGACAACAGAAUCAAAUCUCUUCAUCCCGGACAGUUCAGAGAUCUCAGCAGUUUAAACAGUUUGUACUUGUCCAACAACGAACUCUCUGGGUUAAAGAAUGGAACUUUUCUUGGACUACAAUCUCUCAGUGACCUAUCUCUUAACGACAAUGAAAUUGCAGAGAUCGAACCCGGUACAUUUCAGGGUCUGGAGAAUCUGGUGACGCUUGAUCUGAGUAAUAAUACAAUCACUGUUCUUGAGGAGGGUGCUUUCCAAGGGCUUUCCAGUUUGGACUAUUUGUAUUUAUCUGGCAAUCCCCUUCAGAAGAUCCACCCUUCUGUAUUUGACAUCUUCAAGCAUCUUAAAGUUCUUAAGACCGACGAUCAUGCAGUGUGCUGCUUCAUUGAUUCUUCUACCACCGUAUGUGAUGUAAUCUCAGAGGAACUCCGUCCACCUUAUUUGACAUGUGAAGACCAGCGCUUACUGUCACAGGACGUCAUGAAAGCCUUCAUUUGGGUGCAGGUGGUCCUGGCAAUCACUGGUAACUUCCUAGUGCUAGUAUGGAGAGGAAGUAAACUACAAGGCUCUAAGAAUAAAACUCAAAUGCUUCUGAUCUUAAACCUGGCUGCUUCGGACCUCCUGAUGGGCCUCUACCUUCUCAUAAUCGCUGCGGCAGAUCUGCACUACGGGAACAACUUCCUGCUGCAGACUGCCUCCUGGCGCUCAAGCAUCAUGUGCAAAAUCGCCGGGGUGAUUAGUCUGGUCUCUAGCGAAGCCUCCGUGUUCUUGGUCACUCUCAUCAGCUUCGAUCGCUUCAUGGGUGUGGUGUUCUUCAUGAGUCGCUUCCGUCUGACUACCAGGGUGACCGUCAGAGUCUUGGCCGUGUUGUGGCUUGUUGCGGUCGGUGUCAGUGCCACGGCUAGCGCUCUGUCUGCUACAAAUGGCAACUUCUAUGAGUUAUCCAAUGUAUGCCUGGGGCUACCUCUGUCCACGAAACCGGCAAACUAUACGAUUACCGUCACAAAUGAGGAGUCCGCUGAAGGAGGUGUGCUGGUCACUAAGGUAGAUACUUCGGGCAAUAAACCGGCUUGGAUCUUCCCGAUUGUUGUCUUCCUCGGCGUCAAUCUCUUGAGCUUCAUCCUCAUCUUGAUCUUCUAUGUCUUCAUCUUCAUCUUUUCCAAGACGUCAGCUAAGAAGUCACAGCGGCCCGAGGAUAAGGAGAAAGAGUUGAAACUGGCCUGUAGGAUGUUGUUCAUUGUGGGAACCGACUUUGCUUGUUGGGUACCGGUGAUAAUUAUGGGGAUCCUAGCUCAGUCCGGACUGGUAGAAAUUCAUCAAACGAUGUAUGCGUGGACAGUGAUCCUCAUUUUACCCAUUAACUCCGCUAUCAACCCAUGGCUGUAUACCUUGUCAUAUACCAGCCCGUCUACUUGGAGAAAGCUAUGUACAAGGAUUAGGGGAAGAAGGGAUUCCAGUCAAACUCUGUCCACUGAUUUACAAAUGAGGAAGUAGGGGAACCUUUUUAGGAGAACCCAGACAGGAGUUCACAGGGAAACUUUUAAAAUUGGGGUCACACGAACGCAUUUUGAUUGCGCGCGGGCGCCCUGUUUCUCGCCAAGUUCACAUAAAUCGUGCGUUGUUUACACAAAGACUCCAACGCGCAAUGUCAAACCGGAUGUCGCACGACGUAUAUACUCGAGGCAUACAUGCAGAGCAGUGACUGACUCUAAACUGAAACCUACAAGGAAGUAGGCGAACCUUUUUAGGGCAACCCAUUAAGAGCAGUGACUCUGACUCUACACUGAAACUUCUGAAUCCCUAUAAUUCAUUUUAUUAAUUAAAGGAUAAAAUGCUUUAUACUCAGCAUACCAUAUCACCAUUCUCCGUUGUUUGUGCAUUGCAUGCUUGGAUCGGUGGUUGCCAUGCUAGCUUGGUUGGUUAGGCUUAUUUGCCAUAAGGAAGUUUGGGGGCGGAUCCGCAAGAUCAAGCCAGCAUCCAAUCAGCAAUGAUUUGUUAUAAGUUACACACAUGUUAGAUGUGUCAUCCAAUGAGUGUACAAUAUGGGCAUGUCAUUUGUUACAUUUUGCAGGGAGUUUCGCUUGCUUAUACACAUAGUCACAGCUUGUACAAGCUGUGGCUUAAAUCACAUAUCUGGCUAAGUAUUAAUACAUUUUGUUGUUGUCUGAGUAUAAAUAAGCCAGGAAUCUCUCAGACUCUUCAGUCUCGUGACGAUGACUAGAGCAAGUUAAUCAAAUCGUUGAGACCUGUCUUAAGAAUUUACUCCGCGGUAGUAAAGGUCUCACCGAUCCACUAAGAGUUUAAGUAGUAAUCCCGUACCUUCCGCCUGGGUAGUAGUUAAAAAAAGCACUGAGAAGUCUCUUGAAUUUCGAAAAUCUGCUCUGAGGUAUAGUAGAAUAUAAAAAGCAAGACAAGUUCACCCCAAAAAACAAAAUCUAACAGACACUGUACUACCCAAACCAAAUAUAGUAUUGAUACCUCGCCAUGCAAUACCUCAAAUCCCGUUUUGGAGAACCUUGCUGUAUACCAGGUGUGUUUUAUAAAGUCAAUGUCAUACUCUCUCAAGAUGGUAAUUUCUCAAGAUAUUGCAUUUCUGAUGCCGAUUUGAUGCGCAACUUUUGAAUGCAAAGUCGGUUGCUACACAAUUUUUUUUAAAAUGCUGGCGUACAGUUAAUUCAAGGUCAUAAACUCUCAUUUAAUGUAUAUAUUAAAUAUUUUAUUAUUAUUAUUAUUCUACACAAAAUCCAGCCAACGAUGUGGUAAUUAUUUUAAAAACUAAUAAUGAAUAUUAUUAAGGUUGGGAUGCUAACAUUCUCAGGCCCCCAUCGAUUUAAAUAGUGCGUUUAUAACAUGGCUUUUGACGCAGAUCUAGCACAAUAUUUUACAUCUUAGACUGAAAUUCAGGUCGGGGGUUUUAUGCAAGGGUUUUAUUCCAACACGGCCUUUGAUGGUCAGUGAAAUGUAAAACCCUAGCAACAUUGAAACGUUUAUAUCAAAACAGUCCGAAAAUAGUGUACAUUUAUUAUAUAUUUUCCCUAUGUACAGAGAUUUAGUGAGUGUUAUUUUGUCCAAUUAAUUGUACAGAUCUUAACGGUUUGCACAGUUAAUAGUUUAACAUUAUUAUUGAAAAUAUCUUUCAUCAUGAUUAUUAACUGUCUAGUUUAUGUAUCUACAUAAUAUAUUUAUAUUUGUAAUAAUGGCUUGUUCUGUUAAAGCCAUUACACACUUUCGGUAAACAGUAUUGUCCAAG